CGGGUUCCUUCUUGUUGUUUCGUAACAGCCUGACUUGUAACUGCACCAACAGCUUUAUAUUAAUGAAUAUUAGUUUCACUGAGUAAUUCAGCCAGGAUGAUAACCACACGGAUUUUACUUACGUUAUUGCUCAGUAUUGAAGGUUUCACCUUUCCCGAUCUUAGCUCAGCUUAUCGCCAGGAUUGGCCCCAAGGCGAUAUUGAGCAGAAAGUCCGGAGUCUGCAGGAUUUGGUAAACCCCUAGAAGCUAGGAAGAUGCUUAAUCUUCCCUGCUCUCUCCGUGUAUAGGGAAUGCCGUGCGCGCCCCAUCCACCUCGAUUUCAAUUAGAAUGCAGAUUUAUGCCGUGUCCCCAAACGCUGCAGAAUGCAGCACUAUCCACUGAGCUUUCCGUAAACAGGUCGUUGGGUGUAUUACUUUCAAUGGGAAUGCUAGUCACUCGUUAACUAUACGUACUGCAGUGUCCCAGGAUGCAAGGAGAUGUUUUGCUCUGCAGAUUUUUUCUCUCUCUCUGCGGAGUGAGCGGAAAGCUGAGAGCGGGCCAAACGAUCUGAGCUAUGCAGCACGGAAAAGUGAUCUUUCCAAAUUAAGUGCCAGGGCCUGGUUGUAACCAGUAGGGCGGGCAGACUAUAAAUUCACAACGCUGACGAACAGCAGGCUUUUGCCGGAUAGGAGUUGACUCCGGACAGCAGCAUCGCUCAACAUGCCUCGGAUAGACGCCGAUCUCAAACUCGACUUCAAGGAUGUUCUGGUGCGACCGAAAAGGAGCAGCUUGAAGAGCAGAUCGGAGGUGGACCUCAAAAGAACCUUUACGUUCCGCAACUCCAAACAGACCUACAUUGGAAUCCCACUUAUAGCAACUAACAUGGAUACAGUUGGUACAUUUGAAAUGGCUGAAGUUUUAAGUAAGUUUGGGAUGUUUACUGCCAUUCAUAAACACUACAUUCUAGAAGAUUGGAAGAAGUUUGCAACAUUACAUCCUGAAUGUCUUGAGCACAUAGCUGUUAGCUCAGGCACUGGCCAGAAAGACUUGGACAAACUUUACACAAUUUUGGAAACAAUCCCAGCCAUCAAAUUCAUCUGUCUGGAUGUUGCCAAUGGUUACUCAGAAUACUUUGUUGAAUCGGUUAAAACUGUCCGGGCUAAGUUUCCGAAACACACAAUUAUGGCUGGUAAUGUGGUGACAGGGGAGAUGGUUGAAGAGCUUAUUUUAUCAGGAGCUGAUAUCAUCAAAGUGGGCAUUGGACCAGGUUCUGUGUGCACAACUCGGAUUAAAACAGGAGUUGGCUACCCUCAGCUGAGUGCAGUAAUUGAGUGUGCCGACUCUGCUCAUGGCCUUAAAGGACACAUCAUCUCUGAUGGUGGUUGCAGUUGUCCAGGUGAUGUUGCCAAAGCCUUUGGUGCUGGAGCUGAUUUUGUAAUGCUAGGAGGAAUGUUCGCAGGACACGAUCAGUGUGCUGGAGAAAUCAUAGAGAGGAAUGGUAAAAAGAUGAAACUGUUCUACGGAAUGAGCUCUGAUACAGCCAUGAAGAAGCAUGUUGGAAGUGUGGCUGAAUACAGAGCUUCAGAAGGCAGAACAGUGGAGGUUCCUUACAAAGGAGAUGUGGAGAGUACAAUCCUCGAUAUUUUAGGGGGAUUACGCUCCACCUGCACCUAUGUGGGAGCUGCUAAACUGAAGGAACUGAGCCGGAGAACAACAUUCAUCCGAGUAACACAGCAGUUUAACCAAAUGUUUUCCUAGGGGCUUUUACGAUGGAAAAAAACUGAAGAGUUCCACUCCUGCAGAGGUGUCUCAUUCAAAAGCUUUGGUGCAGUUCAAUAUAAUUUUCACUUUUGAUAGUAUAAUAAUAGUUUGCUGUUUCCCUGGUUUGAAGCUCAUAAAAAAAAUGGACCCAUGGCCUCUAGGAUCUAAACUUACAGCUAGGUUUGCACUUUCUUUUCUGUAUCGUGAAACAAUUCUUUGCUGAAAGUGACAGCUCAAGAUGAAAAAUCAAUAACGACUUCAAACAAAAUAUCUUAAGUUAUUAAAAUUGAGGCAUUAUUGCCUCUUAUAGAACAAAACUCGGUUUUGUAUGCACUGCUCAGGCAUAUUCAAUUUUUAAUGUUGUGAAACAAUAGAAUUUAUUUGAGGAAUUAAUUUAAUUAUACAAUACUGCUUAAAAAGCUGUGUAUAUUGUCUGCAAAUGUGGAAUGAAAAAUUAAAUACCUAAAGCAAAUCGUUCACUUCAAAAACCUGUAGUUCCUUCAUUCGCAAUAACAACCAAAACAGAAUCCCCCUCGUCCUCUCGUACCACCCCACCAACCUGCGGAUCCAACACAUCAUCCUCCGACACUUCCGCCAUCUGUAAUCCGAUCCCACCACCAAAGACAGUUUCCCCUCCCCACCCUUAUCUGCUUUCCGGAGGGUCCACUCUCUCCCAUGACUUCCUUGUCUGCUCCACACUCCCCUCCAGCCCCACCACACCCGGCACUUUGCCCUGCAACUGCAGUAAGUGCUACACCUCCCCCCUCACCCCCAUCCCAGGCCGCAAGAAAACCUUCCACAUCAAGCAGAUGUUCACCUGCACAUCUGCUAAUGUGGCAUACUGUAUCUGCUGUUCCAGAUGUGGCCUCUUCUACAUCGGGGAAACCAAGCGGAGGCUUGGGGACUGUUUUGUGGAACACCUACGCUCGGUUCGCACUAAACAACCGCACCUCCCAGUCGCUAACCAUUUCAACUCCCCCUCCCAUUCCUUAGAUGACAUGUCCAUCCUGGGCCUCCUGCAGUGCUACAAUGAUGCCACCCAAAGGUUGCAGGAACAGCACCUCAUAUUUCGCUUGGGAACCCUGCAGCCCAAUGGUAUCAACGUGGACUUCACAAGCUUCAAAAUCUCCACUCCCCCGACUGCAACCCAAAACCAGCCCAGCUUGACCCCACCUCCCUAACCUGUCCUUCCUCCCACCUCAAGCCCCUCCCCCAUCUCCUACCUACUAGCCUCAUCCCACUCCCAUGACCUGUCCGUGCUCCCUAGACUGAUCUAUCCCCUCCCUAACUCCCCACCUUCACUGGCUCCACCCCCGCCUCUUUGACCUGUCUGUUUCCUCUCCGCUAUCUAUCUUCUAUCUGCCUCCCCCUCUCUCCCUAUUUAUUUCAGAACACCCUCCCCCUCCAUUUCUGAAGAAGGGUCUAGGCCAGAAACGUCAGCUUUCCUGCUCUUCUGAUGCUGCUUGGCCUACUGUGUUCAUCCAGCUCCACACUUUCUUAUCUCUGGUAACAAAUUAUGGCUUCUUUUGAGACAAAUCAUAUAAACAAAAUUGAUGUGCUAACAUUGAGUUUAUCCUACAGAUGUCUACUCUGUCUGAAAAUCCCAUGACACUUGAAGGAUAUGUCAAUGUUAUUAGUAUUGUGCAACUUGCCAUUUCCCCAACUGUUUCACCAAGAAGUUAUGAAUCACAAUGCGGUAUACAGCUACUGCUUUCAAUUCUUUCAAUUUGGGAGUCUACAGGGGGAAGAAAUAGCAAGGAUAAUGUGGGUAUUUUAUAAAUUGAUACUACUGAAAUUAACUGGGAACUUUGCCCUUUAAAGGCUAUGUUGUCAUUCUGCAUUGGUUCCCACACAAAAAAUGUAGUGCCUUUCACAAUCUUGGGAUAUCCCAAAGAGCUUUACAGCUAAUUAAAUACUUUUGAAAUGAAGUUACUGUAAUUAAACACAGCAGCAAUAUGCACUUGGUGAAUCCUCCAGAAGAGCAGUGUAAUAAUGACCAGAUAAGAAUUCAGGAUGUUGUUUGUCCACGGCUUUUCUUUGAAUAAUAUCAUGUGAUCACUUAUUUUCCCCUCCCCCAAAAGAGCUUCUGGGCUUUAGUUUAAUGUUACAACUGAAAUCGCUGAUGUCACCUCCUUUGCCAGUAGUAUAGUGGUGGUGUUACUUGUCUAAUAAUUGGGAGGCCUGGACCAAUGUAGCAAAAUGGGAAUUCAAAUAUCCACAUGGCAGCUGGUGAAAUUUAAAAUCAAAUAAUUCUGGAAUGAAAUGCUAGUCUCGUUAAUAAUCACAAAACCAGAAGAUUAUCAUAAAAAUCUGUCUCAUUCACUAAUGUCCUUGAGAGGAAGAAAUCUUUACUCUAUUGACCUACAUUUGAUUCCACAACAAUAGUAGAGUUUUAAAUGCCUCUUGGGUGUACUGAACCACUACAGAACUAAAGCAGUGUGAAUACAACAUAUGAGCUGCAGCAGUUCAAAAGUAUGGGUCACCACUACUUUCUUGAGGCAAUGAGUGAUGAUCAAUAAAUGCUGGCCUUGACUUGUGCAACUCGAA